UUAUAGCUUUUAAGAUCCUAAGAAAGCAAAUUUACUUUCAAGAUUUGUAGCAGUAGUUUUUCCCCAUCUUUGAUUUUCCUUUUGCUUUUUCUCAAUAAAGAGGUAGAGUGAAAGCAUUUUUUGUUUUUAAACUAUUAAAAACCAUAACAAAAACAAAAUGUGAAAUGAAUCUAAGUGGAGAAGUUUGAAGGGUAGGUUUGCAGGUGUACCUCUAAGUCUAACCAUAUAUUUUAUUUGUGAAUACUUUGAUUAACCAUGCAUUUGGCUUUGUUGAUCUUCUGUUUACCAGAAUUGGCAUGAUUCAAGAUGCAUUUGAGAAGGGUCUAAUCGCACCAAAAAAGAUUUGAAAUAUGGCCAGUGAAAGUGUAGAGAUUGAUGAUGCUUGUUUAUGGGGAUCAACUAUAGAAAAGAUUUUUAUAGAUAUUAUGGUUGAUGAAGUGAAUAAAGGGAAUAUGAAAAAUGGUCAAUUUAGCUCAAAUUUAUGGAAGAAAAUUCUUGAGGACUUGCAAUGCAAAAGUAAGCGGAAUUACUCAAUGAAACAAGUUAAGCAAAAGUUUAAUAGGUUACGUACUAAGUAUCGCGAAUUUAAUGAGCUACGAAAACACACCGGAUUUGGAUGGGAUGGUCCAACACAAACUGUGGUUGCUCCAGAUGAAAUAUGGGAGAAUUAUUUGAGGGCACACCCAAAGGCGGCAAUCUAUCGCAAGAAAGGAUGUGAUCAUUAUGUAUUGUUGGAACUAAUUUUUAGUAAGUCUACUGCUAGUGGUAAAUUCCAUCGGUCUGCUGCUUUAGGUCCACCAAACACCGAUGAUGAAAAAGAAAUUGAAAAUGACUCUGAGCGCAUAGGCCUGAAUGACAUUGAUGAUAGUGCUAGUUUUAUGGGCACUCGGCUUGUUGAUGAAGUUUUUAGAAGUGAAGCAAAAACUUCUGUAACAAGUACAGAGCGAAAAGCUAAAAGACAAAGAUCAGAACAAAUGAGUGCUGCAAUUGCUGCUUGGACGGAAGUAGCUAAAGUAAGAGUUGAGACAACUUUAGCUAAAGCUGAAAAAAAUAAAAAUGCAAUUGAAGGGGGAAGUGGAAAUGAUGAAUUUUCUGUCACAAAAUGUAUGCAAGUACUUGAAGGAAUAGAGGGAGUUAGUGAUGAUGUCUACAUGAAAGCUGUGGAGAAGUUGCAGAAUUCUGUUUGGAGAGAGACCUUUAUUAAUAUGUCUACUCUUAGAAGGAGAGCUUGGCUAGAUAGAUUAGUUUAAUAAUUCAUAAUAGGAUAUUUGAUAAUGGAGUUGAGUUCGUUCUAGUUUUAUGUGUGAUUGAUAUUAUUUCAAUAUGUUAUACUAAGAUAAUCUAGUAAAGACUUUGUUAUAAUUUUCAUAUAUAAGUUUUUCUUCGUUUUUCUAAGUAAUUAUGUAUGUCAAUAUAAUUUUUGCAGGACCAAUCAAAUGGAUGACUCUAGCUCAUCUUCUUCUUCAGAUAGCGAUUUUGAUGACUUCACAGAUUUCUUAAUGUUUUACUUUUUAAAUGAUUACAAUGAGACAUUUAAUGAAAAAGUGCCUCAAAGAACAUCUGUGUUAAGUGGUGAAGAUUUUGUCAAAGAGUUAUUAGGUGGUCACGAGAGAACAUGUUAUGAAUUAUUGCGGAUGGAUAAAAAUGUAUUUAAUGAAUUGUGUACUUGUCUAAAACAGAAAAAUUACAUUAAAGACACGCGAGAGAUUAAAGUUGAAGAGGCAAUGGCUAUCUUUCUUAUAAUUGUUGGGCAAAAUAUGGGCAUGAGAUUUGUAGCUGACCGAUUUCAACAUUCACUUGAAACUAUUGAUAGGCACUUCCAUUCAACAUUGAAGGCAAUAUGUAAAUUAGGGAAGGAUAUCAUUCGCCCAACUCAAACUCCUCUUCCUUCACGUAUUAUCAAUUCCUCAAAAUAUUAUCCAUGGUUUCAGAAUUGUAUUGGUGCAAUUGAUGGAACUCAUGUGAGUGCAUGUGUCCCUCAAGAUAAGCAAGUCAGCUAUAGAGGUCGGAAAGGUGUAGUAACACAAAAUGUCUUGUGUGCUUGUAAUUUUGACAUGUUUUUUACUUUUGUAUCUGCCGGUUGGGAAGGUACCGCAAAUGAUUCCAGGAUAUUUAUAGAUGCAAUUACAAAACCAGAAUAUAAAUUUCCAUUGCCCAAAGAAGGUGAAUAUUACGUUGUGGAUUCUGGAUUCCCAUGUACAAAAGGUUUUCUUCCACCAUAUCGUGGCGAAAGAUAUCACUUGCAAGAAUAUAAUAAUGGAGGUAAUCGACCACGUGGUAAGAAGGAACUGUUCAAUUAUAGGCAUUCUUCAUUAAGGAAUGUGAUUGAACGAUGUUUUGGUGUGUUGAAAGCACGUUUUCCUAUACUGAAGAUGAUGCCACGUUACAAAUUGAGUCGACAAACUUUGAUAGUUAUUGCUUGUUGCACUCUUCAUAAUUUUAUUCGUCAACGAACACAUCAUGAUCAUAUGUUUAGAGAAUGGGAAGAAAAAGAAUUUGAGGAAGAAGACAACACAGAAAGAGCUAGCACCAGUGUAUCAAGAUCUGAAGUGAAUUUAUCAGAUGAAUCUGCUGCAGCUAUGGCACGCAGUCGGGAUCGUAUUGCUCAAGCUAUGUGGAGUGCUUAUACAAACAGGAAUUAGUUUACUAUAUUUCAAUAUGGGAGAAUAUUUUAGUAUUAAAAUUAUCGUUUUAGACAUAUUGUACUUAAUGAUAAUUUUAGAUUAAUUAUUAUUUUUUUUUAAAAAAAAAAAAUUAAAACUA